UCCAUUGAAAAUGAUUUGAGAGGCAAAUAGCUCUCUAUUAGGAUAAACCCUCACAUUAGUGGCAUUUGUAAGGGUAUACAGUAACAGUUCUGUCCAAAGGAAAUUUACACAAUUCCACAUUACCACAAAUAGCAUUAAUGUUGGAUUCAGGAUCAAAAUAAACAACACUUCAAAAAGAAACUUGUGAAUCCAUUUACAGACAUGCACAGGCAAUGUUGUGAUUCAAGAAACAAUAAAAUACAUAUCCUAUACUGUACAUUUCUAAUUAAAACAUUAAACAUAGGCUAUGGUGAGGAUGACUGUACAAAAUGUAAUAAAUGUGGUAUAAAAUAAAAUCACCCUCCCAAACAUGAAACCAUUUCAGUGAAGUGCUCACAUCCUCUGCACUUCCCGACCACAUACUGUCACUCAAAACCAGUUGUCACAUUACAUUAGCUGGAUAUACAGUAGACACAUAGCAAACAGCCAUGGCUUAGAGCAGUACAUAACCUUGAAAGGACCAAUAAUUGUCCACUCAUCAACUUUAUGUUUUAAAUGUGUAGUGCAGAAUGCAUGCAUUCUACAGUAAGACUGGCUACAUUGCUGGUUUCUAUAGGCCGGUCUCAAUCAGUGAUCUUGUUAAUUUGUUGAAAUCCUUGAUUUUGUGAGAAAUACUGUAGGGCCUAGCAUAUGGGAACAAUCUUUAUGGAGAAUUCCAGUUUGCUACAAUAGCUUUUUUUUUUACCCCAUGUUGAAUUUCUAUGAAUCUCAUAGCAAUACAACUUCCAUCCAGUAGGGGCGCCGUGAAGCUAGGACUGCUGCAUAGUCACAUGCCAAGUGUCGACAAGGACAGAGGAAACUCAUGAUACAAUGUAUCGAUGAUAGACAUUAAUCGGUUACAUUCUAGCCUACAAGUUUGCUGUAGCUGUUUCAUUUUUUUUUGUGUGUGUAAUAAGCGUGUGCUUGAAUUUUGGAUGGCAACAUUGUCGUAUGAUGUUACCACUGCAACAUAGCCUAGUAGUAGCCUAGGCUAGUAGUUCUCAACUCGAAAGUCGAAUAAGUAAACAUCAGAUAUAUUAGUCGCCUAUUUUCUUUAGCAAUAUUAUGUUGUUUUGCCAAUGUUUCCAGCGUGCGACAUUACUCCGCGGGUUGAUCCUGCAACGUUCUAAACGAUCAGUUAAAAUCAUGUCAACUCAGGACGCCUCACAACACGAUUUUAACCAGAAGCGAUUGAUAGCAAACAAUAGCGGAUCAUUACAGAUCCAUACAACUAAAGAAGACUCGGAUACCGGUGUCAAGACAAGCAACGACAUGCAAGAAACAAACAGAAAAACAGACAAACUGUUCACAGAGGAAGAACUUGCCAUACAGAAAUUACACAGAGAAGCAUGUGAGGCUAAGAGGCAGAUGUACACAGACCCAGGCAGCGGGUACAAGGUGUUCACAGAGUUUGCCCACCGCCAGAGAGGAAAGUGCUGCGGCACCGCCUGUAGACAUUGUCCAUUUGGCCAAGUUAACGUGAAAGACCCAGCCAACAAGAAACAGUUUAACUCAAUAUUUUAUGUAUAAUGCACCAAGCACACUCUGGUUCAUUGUGCUAGGCAUUAUAUUGUCUGCGUACUGUGUUGUUAUUUUGAACGCUUUCAAUUGUGUGUGUCUCUUUUCAGAACCAUGCUAAAUGAUGUAAUUCAGAGUGGUGUGUGUGUUUUUUUCAGCACCAUGCUAAAUGAUGUAAUUCAGAGUGGUGUGUGUGUUUUCAGCACCAUGCUAAAUGAUGUAAUUCAGAGUGGUGUGUGUGUGUUUUCAGCACCGUGCUAAAUGAUGUAAUUCAGAGUGGUGUGUGUGUUUUCAGCACCAUGCUAAAUGAUGUAAUUCAGAGUGGUGUGUGUGUUUUCAGCACCAUG